AUGGCUCCUGUUAAUGGGAUUCCUCCCGAUAUCGCAAAGAUCGCAGGACCCAUUAUCAUCACCUUCAUGUUAGGCUCAAUAUUGUAUGGCGUGCAGAUGCUCCAAGUUUACAUAUACUAUCUUUCUUUCCCAAAGGAUCGAGUUUUCGUCAAAUGCCUGGUUUACACGGUGUUCCUCCUCGAUACCCUGCAGACCGCAUUAUUCUUUCGCGAUGCUUUCACCAUCUUUGGCGCCAGUUUCGGUGACCUGGCUAGCCUCAAGGCGGCGCACUUGUCGGGAUUUAGUGUACCCAUUCUCACUGGCUUAGUCAGUCUUAUGGUCCAGUCUUUCUACGCUCAUCAAAUAAGGAUGCUCUCGCGUUCUAAUAUCCUGGUUGUGAUCAUCGUUGCUAUUGCUUUGAUACAGUUUGGGGCAUCGAUCUGGACGGGCUACCUCGUUUUUGUUAUCAACAACCUCAGCAAUCUCCAGCAGAGGUCCUUCAUUCAAUGUUCGGUUUGGUUGGCGGGAAGUGCUUUAUGCGAUACCAUUAUCGCUAUAGUGAUGACCAUCUAUCUCCUGAGAGCCAACGCCCAGACGAAGUCCACCCAACUCCUGGUAGCACGGCUAAUUCGUCUAGUCAUCGAAACCGGUACUGCGACGGCGGCGGUCGCUGUCAUCGAUUGUGUUCUUUAUAUUGUGGUCCAAAGGUAUCCUUUCCACAUGCUGCCGUCGAGGAUAUUAGCCAAGACGUAUGCGAAUACGUUAAUGGUCAUCUUAAACAGCCGUAUGCGAAUUACUGGUGGGAGAGGCGAGUCAAGGCCGCAUCCGGCGAUUAUACAAGACUGGUCUGCGAGCAGUAUCAGGUUUGCGUCUACUUUCCCGCGAAACGCGACCGCGAAUGUCUCAGUGGUUGAACCGGCGGGAGUCAAUUUGAAGGUGAUAUCGAGUCCGGUUGAGUACCCUCGACAGGCUGAGCAACGUAUUAUCCCGUUAACUGAAUCGGAUAUCAAUCGCACACAAUCCACCGAUGAAAGCGAGUCAACCGCUGUGAAAGUACAUCCAGCAUAG